AUACAACUCAACUCGCCAUUGAAAUCGAAUCGAAGAAGAAGGAAGAUUGUAAUCCAGAGCCCAGAGGUCAUAUUAUUUGACGCUUCACUGUUCGUUCACUCACCAUUAUUACGAUUUGCUCCUUCUUCCUUCUCUCUGGAUCUCUGCUUCUAGAGAAUCUCUCGUCUCGUCGGCAGUUUAUUAAAUCUACGGAGUAUAUGGCAUCGGUGGCGACGGCGACAAGUAAGGUGGAGAAGGGGCACCAGCUAUACAGAGACGGCAAGUACAAGGAGGCGCUUCUCUUCUAUACGGAGGCUCUUACAGCUGCUAAGCCCAAACCCCAGAAGAUCGCUCUUCACAGCAACCGCGCCGCUUGUUAUUUGAAAUUACACGACUUCAACAAGGCAGCAGAAGAAUGCACUUGUGUGCUCGAGCUUGAUCAGAAACACAGCGGAGCGUUGAUGCUGAGGGCUCAGACACUAGUCACCCUUAAACAAUACCAAUCUGCUCUUUUUGAUGUCACCAGGCUUCUGGAGUUGAACCCUGAUUCUGAGGUUUAUCACAACCUCGAGGCUCGCUUGAGGACUCAGUUGUCCCUUGCUCCUAUUCCUGAAUCUGAACAAGAGUUUGAAGAAGACGAAGAGGAGAGUGACCUUGAACAAGACACAGAAGAGAAGAAAUAUAGACAAGUUGAGCUGGGUGUCCAUGAGAUUAGAGAUGAGAGGUUUGACCCGGUGGCAGUUGCCAUCAGAAAAGAUCUAGAGACUACAACUAUACACAGUGGGGAUGUUGUUGCACCUAAAACACCAGAGGUUAGAGAACAGAUCAGCAAGGAAGUGCCUUUGUCUGGAAAGCAGCAGUCUAAUGCAUGGCAAGCCAUACCGAAGCCUAAGGGUCAUUCCACACUCGAUUACGCCCGUUGGGAUUCAGUUGAAGAUGAUUCCAGCGAAGAGGAAGACGAUGAAGACAGCGAUGGCAGUGAUGAGUCUCCACCCCAGUACAGAUUCCGUGUAAAAACCGUUGGGGUGCGUCCUGUGAAAUGAAAAUACUGUAGAUAGGAAGAACAUGGGAUGGUUUCUUUCAUCCUGAUAUGUUGCAUAUUCUUGCACAGAAGAGCUCUGAAAAAUGCACUAGAGACAAGGGGCACCAAAGCAGGCUAGUCAUGUUUUAUAUUGCUUCAUCUGCAAUUGGCUUCACCGGUCACCAUAUGUCAGUGUGCUGUGUCUAUUUAUACAUUUUCGGAAAUAAACCAUACAAGUUUAGAUCAGAGAUACACUAUAUAGAAGACCAUUUUCAAAUAAAAUGGUGUGCUGUUCUAUUUUUUUAAUGAAUCUUUCUUUGCCUCACA